AAAGGGUCGAUCAUCAUUCUUCAGCGUUUGAACUCGUGAAUGCCAUCCACUUGUGAAUUUCACCAAUUUCAUUCUUACCUCGCCAAUAGUAUAUACUCAGUAGCUUCAUAGAAAUUCAAGCUUUGAAUUUCAUUUUCACAGAAGACUUUUUUAACGUAUCUGGUGUUCAUAUUUAUAAAACUUCAACCUCUUUAGUAUACGAACUGAAUAGGCGGAAAUUAAUUGAGAGGCCCAAGUAUCAAGUAUCAUGCACUUUCAGAACAUUUUACUUUUCUUCAUCGGAUUUGUCUAUAUCGGAACAUGUUUUCCUCAGAAGAAAUUGGCACAACCUAGUACUGAAUACAUCCUAGGCGAUUUCGAUAUCAAUUCUGGGGCCGUUACAAGGAAAUUCGAGUUUGUAUGCACCAAUACUACAGCUUCACCAGAUGGAUUCUUGCGCGGUGUUUUAGCGAUCAACAAUCAAAUUCCAGGACCAUUGAUAGAGGCGAAUGAAGGGGAUCAUCUUGAUAUCACUGUGAUCAACAAUUUAGAUAGCGCUUUGACUAUUCAUUGGCACGGGCUCUAUCAGAAUGGCACAAAUUCAGAAGAUGGGGUAACAGGCAUCACGCAAUGUCCCAUUCCAUCAGGCGGAAGGUACACCUAUAAAUUUCAAUUGAAUGGCCAGUUUGGUACAUUUUGGUACCAUGCACAUCAUCAAAAUCUUCUGGCAGAUGGACUCUAUGGUCCUCUUAUCAUUCAUUCGCCACGAGAUCCGUUGAAAAGAGGAAUAGACUUUGACGAAGAUGUGGUGCUGAUGAUAGCAGAUUGGUAUCACAAUACUUCUUCAGAAAUUGUUAAACACAUGUUAUCUGAACCAGGUUAUUUCGGUACUCCAGCAGCUCCUAGUCCCAAUUCUGUCAUUAUGAACGGAAUUGGAGAUUGGGAUUGUAAUCGAUUUGCAACAAUUCAUCAAAGAUGCGAAAAAACGAAUUCUUUACCAGUCUUUAAUGUAGUAGGAGGAAAAAGGAUUCGAUUUCGAAUCAUCAAUGCAGGUUCUCAUGCUAUGAUUUAUUUCUCUGGUGACGAACAUUCACUUAAUGUUACAGAAGCGGAUUCAACCCCUGUCUAUGGACCUUCUAAUGUACAUAGAAUCAAGUUUCAUAAUGGACAGCGUUACUCUGUAAUUAUCAAUACUCAAGAAAAAGAAGUAGGAAGUAGCUUUUAUUUGCGAGGAACGAUGGAUACUGAUUGCUUUGCUUGGGUGGCGGGUGAUAUACAGAAGACAGGUUUGGCUAUUGUCCGCGUUAUAAAACCUGAUGAAGAUAUGAAAUCAUUAAAAGAAUUUACGAUACCUAAUACUAAAGAUUGGUCUGAUGAAAAAGCUGGAUCGUGUGUAGAUCUCGAUCCAGAAUUACUAAAUCCAAUCAUUCCAAUCGAUGUCCCUGAAACAGUAGCUGGAUCUGGUACUCUAGCAAACGCAUUUGGAUUUCAAGUGAUUUCUACUGGAGUUUCUAUUCCUCGUGAUCAAGCUUCUAAAUUAUCUUCCGAACCUAGAUCUAUUUCAUCAUCAUCAUCAUCAUCAUCAUCACCAUCAUCAUAUAGUUCGCCAAUCUCACGGAUCAAGCAAAGACAACUGAAACUCGAUAGUACAAGGAAAGUUUUACCUCUAGGAACUGCCACUUCAUCAGCUCCAGAGAAAAAUCAAGAUGGACCUCCACCCACUCCCGCAGGCGCACGAGGAGUGUUCUUUGUCAAUGAUGCCAACUGGAAGACAUAUCCAUACCAUCCUGUUCUUCAUGAUAUGUUACCAGGUGGCCCGGGUUCUUUAGAUAAUGCAGAAAUAGCAAAUGUUGUAUACCCAAACGCUGAAUGGUAUGACCUUUAUCUCGUCAACCUGGAUCCAGCUAUAAGUCAUUCCUAUCACUUACACGCUAUGGAUAUGCAUCUGGUGGCAUUUGGAAAAGGGAAACCAACACCUGAGAACUUGAGCAAACUAAAAUAUCGUACAAAGAAUCCACUGAGAAGGGAUACUAUAGUUAUUGACGCAGCUUCAUAUGCUGUUGUGAGGGUUUUGGCUGAUAUACCUGGAGUUUGGAUCAUGCACUGUCAUAUAGGUUGGCAUUUGGCUGGAGGAUUUGCAGGUGUAGUAAUUGUACAACCUAAUAAAAUUAAACAACUUAAAAUUCCUAAUGAAAACAAAUCAUUAUGUAAAAACAGAAAAAGUCCUUUAAAUCAAUAUCAACCAGGUAAACGUCGUUAAAAAUGUUUGAAAUGUUUUCUUUUUUUCUUCUUUUCUUUCUUGAAGCAUCAUUUAUUGAAAUCUCUAAUGAUGCAUUAUUAUUAAAUUUUAUUUAUUUGAAUUAUUUUAUUGUUUUCCAACCAUUUUUAUCAUUGUUUGUAGAAAUCUUUGAUGUGAUUUAUUUGAAUAAAUGUAAGUUCGGUUGAUUGAAUAUUUGUAUUAUGUUUGAAGCAAAGAGACGAUUAUGUUACGUUAUGUUAUGU